ACAUGGGUCGCUCUCCGCAGGGCUGAAAGAAAGAAUCUCAUUCUUUUUCUCUUCAUCUCUCUGUCUCUGCUUUUUCAUUUUAGCGGUCUGAGACAGACAGAUAUACACGAAUGUUUCAAGUAAAGCCAUUUCCAAACUAAAUCCUUGAACUUAUUUCUAAGUCUUGAAUUUCAAUCUCUCUCUUUCUCUAUAUCUAUAUAUAUAUAUAUAGAUAUAGUUAUGCUAAUACCCACAACCUUAGAAGAGGCCCAAGAACAUCAUCGACCCCCUUCACUUUAUUCUCUGCUUCUUCUUGUUUAGUCUUGAGAUUCAAUUUUUCUAUUUCUUCAAGCUAUGGAACCUGUGGUUCUUGAUGGUAUAAUCAAUCGAUUGCUCGAAGUUCGGGGUAGACCAGGGAAGCAAGUUCAGCUUUCAGAGUCAGAGAUCAGACAUCUUUGUGUCCAGUCCAAAGAAAUCUUCUUGCAACAGCCCAAUCUCUUAGAGCUUGAUGCACCCAUCAAGAUCUGUGGAGAUAUUCAUGGUCAAUAUAGUGAUCUUCUAAGGCUUUUUGAUUAUGGUGGGCUACCUCCUCAGUCUAAAUACUUAUUCUUGGGGGAUUAUGUGGAUCGAGGGAAGCAAAGCCUGGAAACUAUAUGCCUCCUCCUUGCAUACAAGAUAAAAUAUCCCGAAAACUUCUUCCUUUUGAGGGGAAACCAUGAAUGCGCUUCUGUAAACCGUAUAUACGGAUUUUUUGAUGAGUGCAAGCGAAGGUUUAAUAUCAGACUCUGGAAAAUCUUCACAGAUUGCUUUAACUGCCUACCUGUGGCAGCUGUCAUUGAUGAAAAGAUUCUCUGCAUGCACGGUGGACUUUCUCCGGACCUCAAUGACUUGAAUCAAAUCAGGAAUAUACAGCGUCCAACAGAUGUUCCCGAAACUGGUUUACUAUGUGAUUUACUUUGGUCUGAUCCGAGUAAAGAUGUUAAAGGGUGGGGAAUGAAUGAUAGGGGAGUUUCCUAUACCUUUGGCCCUGAAAAGGUGACCGAGUUUCUUCAAAAGCAUGAUCUGGACCUCAUUUGUCGUGCUCAUCAGGUUGUGGAAGAUGGGUACGAGUUCUUUGCUGAUAGACAACUUGUAACUGUAUUUUCGGCUCCUAAUUACUGUGGAGAGUUUGAUAAUGCUGGCGCGAUGAUGAGUGUUGAUGACUCUUUGAUGUGUUCUUUUCAAAUAUUAAAGCCUGCGGAGAAGAAGUCAAAGUUUGACUUUGGAAGCACAACUACAGCUAAGCCAGGAACGCCUCCAACAAAAAACAAGUUACUCGGUGCAAAAGUAUGAUAUCCGUUCAUUUGGAGCGAACAUCCGUCGAAGGGCUUGGGCCAUGGGCCAUUUCAUUGCAAAGGGCAGUUAAAAAAUGUGGGAACUUUUUCAGCAAAGAAAUUAUGUGUAUUCCUUCCUUUGAUAUAAGUGGUGAAGGCUUGUAAUUUUUUUCUAUUUUUGUUUUUUGUUUUUGUUUUGUUUUAUUUUGUUUUGUUUUUUUCCGCCUUGCUCAUCCAUGUACAAUACAAGUUGCUACAGCAAGGGGUUUGGGAUCGCACCCUGUACAAGAGAAUCGCUCGUCUCUUGAUGUUAUAAUUAGAAAUGAACUUUGGAACAUCCUAGGAAGCUGUCAUAUCGCACAUACAUGGACUUCUGUUCAUGAUUUCAGGCGAGUCCAAUAGUUUCUGUUACAGCAUUUCUGUGGUGAGUAGUAUCAUACAUGUUUUAUCCACCAAAUGUGUGGUAUA